AUGGCAACCGCGACAGCUAAUCUGCUCAUCCAAACAAACACAUGGAAGAGGAAGCAAAGCUACCCUAAUCUACUCCGCCCUCUUCCGGCGGCCCGACUAGUUAACCUCAGGCCAACUUUCAACCAACUUAAACUCAAAGCCAUCGUCUCGCCGGCGGCGGCACAGAAGAAGAGCCAUUUAAUCACCAAUCCAACCCAAUCUCUGUUGCAACCUACUACUGUUGAAAAAAUCCGGCCACCCAAUAAACUAUGGAAGGCACUGAAGAAACCCGUGACGGCGGUCGUGCUUUUGGGUCUAUUACUGAUGCACAGACCCAAACCGGCACUGGCCGGCUCCGUCGGGCGGAUCGGUGCAACAUGCUCGCCCUGGGAUUCUCCUCCAAAAUCCGAAUCGCGGAAGCGGUUCGAAGAAGCGAUGGAGGUCAACAUGGAGGAGAGGUCUUUUGCAACUGUGUGGAUUAUCAUGUAUCCUAUUGCGGCAUACUAUUGCGGACUCGCUGUGCUAUUUGUAUUGUGCCGAUUGCUAAAAUUGGUCGACCCUUCUUGGCUCGACUCCGCUAAUGACCGAACUAAGUACUUGUUAGUGCUGCUAAUUCUUCACUAUGCUUGGGUCACUACCUAUGAUCCAGUAACCGUUUUCAAGCUUAACCUGCAGGCUAAUUUGUCGAACACCGGGAGAGCACUCCAAACAGAUCUUAAUCGAAUAGCUGAAAAUCCAAAUACUUCUACCUAUGAGGGUUUAAACAGUAUCUUGACAGAGACAGCAGUAGCUUUUCUUAGGCAUUCUGAUUGUUUCAUCUCCGCCAGCUCAUUUGUGGCUGAGAAAUACGGAAUGAAGCGUGCACAAAAGUACUUAAGUCAACUAUCUCUCGAAGAGACGAAUAAAUUACGCGAAAAACCGUUUGUCAAUGUGAAGAACUUAAUAGCGGAAAGCUCAACGAGCCAAAAAUCAGCUAAUGAAGUCCAAGAGGAAUAUAUGGAGGUUACGAUAUUGGUGGCUGUUGAGGGGAGGCACAAGUUGCCCACCAUUAAUUCCGUGGAUGACCUGAAGAAAGUAUUGCGAAAACUCGCAUCCAUUGAUCCUGAUGGCAACAUAUACGUAUAUGGAGUAGAAGUGUUGUGGCAUCCUCAAUCCUCUCUGAGCAGGACAAGAUUAUGA